AGCAAGGGGGGAGCACCUCCGCUCCCUGUCUACACCCCGCACACAGUGCGAAGAGCGCAGUCCGAGACGUGUGCAUGGCGCUACUGGGCAGGAGGCACUGGUCACCCAAGUCAGUGGCACCCCUGGAUGUGUGCCGCGCGCCUUUUCGCCCAAUGGUCUAAAGAAGCCUGUGUUUCGUGUUGCUUUGAUUUUUUUAACUUUUAAACAAUGGGGACUGGAUCACGUUUAAAACGUGCGGUGGCAAUAUUUCUGCUCAUCUUCAAAGGUGUAUGUGCACUAUACUUUACCCAGGGAUCCUAUGAAGUACGUUUGUAUGUUGGGGAACCUAUUGGUAUGCCUAUUUUGCAAGUCUAUGCUUUGCCAGAAAGAGACAAUGAAGAAGCCCAUUUUUGCAUCUUUGGAAGCUUUCCAUUUGAUGUUCAAUCAUGGUUUUAUAUAGAUGAGCUGAAAGGAAUUUUAUACCUCAAUAAGACUCUUGAUCGGAAUGACUUUGCAUAUCUUGGAGGAAGACUAAAUUGGGAAGUACUGAAGUUCCAUCUAUCCAUCUGUGCUUCUCCAAAGCCUGUUGGAGACAGCUGUUGUAAAGAAGGCAUUACAACCUUAUUAGCCUUAUAUUUAUCCAACACCACAGCAACUCCUUGCAGAGAACUGAAGCCACAGCAGCUGUGUCUGCAUAACAGUGAUAGCAAUCCAUCCAUAAGGGAAAACAAACUUCCUGGAAUGUUUUACCAGCUGCAGUCUUUGCCUUUGAAGUAUAGGUGUCCAAAUUAUGCAGUUAAUUAUACAAUAGAACCAGAGGAUUCCCUCCCAUUCAUAUUGAAUGGUUCUGAAGUGUAUGUGGUGUCACCCUUGGAUCGAGAGGAGAAAGAAACACACAAACUCCUGCUGCGAUGUACUGUACAAAAUGAGUUUACAGUUACACAUGUGGAAGAGACACUCACCAUCACGGUAUACGAUGAAGAUGACAGAGGCCCCUACUUUCCUAAUGGCACUGACAGCACAGAUGUAGUUGUGGAAUAUAAUAGACAAGAGGGUGCUGUACUGGGAACAAUACUUGUUUAUGAUGCAGACAUUACACCAAGUGUUGAAAAGAUCCGGGAUAAGUACUUGAGCACAAUGCUCACAAACAAUUCAUGGGUUAGAGAAAACUUCAAGAUUGUUCACAAUGUUAGAGAAACUGUCUUCAAUCAUGUUCGAAGUGCCAUUCAUGAGUACAAGCUUGUGCUAAACAAAAGCAUUUCAACUGUAGAGAACCGGUCAUUCCAGCUCCCUGUGCUAAUUAAUGACACAGAAUUUCAUGAACCUGAAGGAUCAGUUACAUUGUUUUUUAAUGUGACCGUCCUGCCAAUUACAUUUCGGUUCUCCAACAAAACAUACCAGUUUGUUUUAAACCGGAAAGCAGCACAAUAUGCACAGAUUGGCCAGCUUUGUGUUGAAAACUGUAAAGACCUUCAUGGAAUCAGCAUCACGUACAGACUAGCUCGAAUGGACAAGAACAUCUCCUCAGCAGCAAAGGCCUGCUAUCAGGCUGUGGCAGUGCAGGGCUGGAAUGGCAUCACAGGAAUACUUUAUGUGAACGACUCCAAGUUGCUUAGAAGGGACGAUUGCCGUGAACUUCAUUACAUUGUCUCUGCCUCUGAUAAACUGAAUCCUAGGCAAGCUCAAGCCCAAAUAAUCAUCACCUUGGAAAGACCAUUAAACAAAAAGAAGCUGGAGGAGUACUGUCCUCGGUCUUGUGCAGAGAACAAGUUUCAAUCAGAUUGUGAAGGAUGUGGUGGCCUUGGGACCCCGACAGGGCAGUGCCAAUGGAGACAAGGAAGUGGCAAAGGAAUUUCAAAAAACUAUUCUACCUGUUCACCAAACCUACAGACAUGUCCUAAUGGCUAUUGUGAUGACGUAGAGAGAAUGAAUGAGGCAAUCUGUCCACAGGACUGCAGUAAAGGAGAAGUAAUAGGAGGACAUGAAAAAGGCCAUCCUGAGGGCAUCAAGUCUGGCUAUGGAACAUGUUACUGCUAUCCAGGAGACAAAUGCUAUUGUGAAAAAAAUGAAAUUCAUGAGUCCAUUUGUGACGAUAUAUGCAAGACGGUGAUUGCAACAGGAGUCCUGUUGUCGUUUGUUAUUUCCGUGCUGCUCUCUUUAUUUUUCAUUCACCGAUAUCACAAGAAUUCUCCUAAACCUCCAAUCGCCUCUGCUGAGAUGACAUUUCGUAGACCAGCUCAGUCCUACCCUAUCAGUUACUCUGCUAAUAAUGUUCGCCGACCUUCAGUGGACUCCGUUGAAAACCAAGUGGCUGUGGACGCUUACAAAAUACCUGAGGAUCCAAAAUGGGAAUUUCCAAGAAAAAAUCUUGUGCUUGGAAAAACUCUUGGAGAAGGAGAGUUUGGCAAAGUUGUUAAAGCUACAGCAUUUCGGCUAAAAGGAAAGGCUGGCUAUACAACAGUAGCUGUAAAAAUGUUAAAGGAAAAUGCUUCCCAGAGUGAACUUCGAGACCUCAUGUCUGAAUUUAAUCUGCUGAAGCAGGUUAACCAUCCUCAUGUUAUCAAGCUGUAUGGCGCCUGCAGCCAGGACGGGCCUCUUUACCUGAUAGUAGAAUAUGCUAAAUAUGGGUCCUUGCGCAGUUUCCUCAGAGAAAGUCGGAAGGUUGGACCUAGCUACAUGGGUAGUGAUACAAAUCGAAACUCAAGCUACUUGGAAAACCCUGAUGAGAGAGCGCUGACCAUGGGGGACCUUAUCUCGUUCGCUUGGCAGAUUUCCCGAGGAAUGCUGUACCUCGCAGAAAUGAAGCUUGUUCAUCGGGAUCUUGCGGCUCGAAAUGUGCUAGUAGCAGAGGGACGUAAAAUGAAGAUUUCAGAUUUUGGGCUUUCUCGAGAUGUCUAUGAGGAAGAUUCUUACGUUAAAAGGAGCAAAGGUCGAAUACCUGUGAAAUGGAUGGCAAUAGAGUCUCUCUUUGAUCACAUCUACACAACACAAAGUGAUGUGUGGUCAUUUGGUGUUCUUCUGUGGGAAAUUGUGACACUUGGAGGAAAUCCUUAUCCAGGCAUUGCUCCUGAACGCCUCUUCAACCUUCUGAAGACAGGAUACAGAAUGGAAAAACCAGAAAACUGCAGUGAAGAAAUGUACAGUCUAAUGCUGCGAUGCUGGAAGCAGGAACCAGAGAAGAGACCUCCAUUUUCUGACAUCAGCAAAGAACUUGAAAAGAUGAUGAUGAAGAGUAGAGACUAUCUGGAUCUCGCAGCUUCCACGCCUGCCGAUUCUUUACUCUAUGAUGAUGGGCUUUCAGAAGAAGAGACUCCUCUCGUGGACUGUAAUAAUGCGCCCCUCCCUCGCACUCUCCCUUCUACUUGGAUUGAGAACAAGCUCUAUGGCAUGUCGUACCCGAACUGGCCUGAGAAGAGCCCCGUUCUCCUCACAAGACUUGAUGGCACUAAUCCUGUCUUUACAAGAUAUGCAAAUGAUAGUGUUUAUGCAAACUGGAUUGUUUCACCCUCAACAGCAAAAUUUGCGCACAAGUUUGAUAGUUAAAGUAUUCGUGCUGUCCAUGUCUGCCGACUGAAGAAGGGAUACGACAGACAUGAGGUGUGAUGCUUGGUUAACUCCAGCUAAAGGCAUUAGCUUUUGCUCUGCUCUUAGGCACGCUGUACUCAAUCUAACUUCAUACUAAAUU